AUACAUAACGUGGGCCCCACUGUCACGGCCUCACCGAAUCGGGCGGAUUCAAAAGCAAGAAAAAAAGCAGCAGCUUGUAACCCUAGCAACCGGAUAGAGGCGCACGACAAUUGUAGAGAGAGAGAGAGAGAGCUGAUUGCAGAGACGGAGAGAGAGAGAGAGAGAGAGAGAGAGAGAGAGAUUGGAGCUGAUUGCAGCUGGGAACAUGUUAUCUGUUAGAAAAACAAGAAGAAAAGGCUUUUAAAUGUUGUCUUUAAGGAUUUAUAUGAUCCUCAACUAGAGGAUACAUCACUUGUCUUUGUGCACUUAGCUCCAACAAAUGGGCCAAAGGAAGAUGUUUGGUCAUUCAUUAGCGUAGAAGAACAUGAUGGUUGAAGCUGAGGGAGAUGAUUAGAAUCUGCAGUUGAGAUAUUCCACUCAAAUAUGCAAUAAUUGCCAUCCACUCUUGGUCGGAAAGGGGCAUUUCUCUUGUUGACACGUCUCCCCCGUGUUGAAUAAUACUGAGAAAAUGGAACCACCGAAGAGCAACAACUCAGCACGUCUGCCCAGGAAACGCUUCUAUAGAGCUCGGGCCCACAGCAAUCCCCUCAGCGACUCCCACUUCCCUGUCCCCAUCACCCCUUCCCAGGUUGAUUACUCCUACCACUUCCCAUACUUCUUCCCCUCAGAAGGAACUUCCGAUAGCAAUGGCAUGGCCAUCGAUCAGAAAAUCCGCUUUGCCGAUAUUGGUUGUGGCUUCGGUGGCCUGCUUGUCGGCCUUUCGAUUCUCUUCCCUGAUAUUCUAAUGAUCGGCAUGGAGCUCAGGGACAAGGUAACAGAGUAUGUCAAGGAACGUAUCCUGGCUCUGAGGGCUGCAAACCCAGGCCACCAGUAUGAGAACAUCUCGGUGGUUCGCACCAAUUCAAUGAAAUACAUCCCCAAUUACUUUGAAAAGGGGCAGCUGUUGAAGAUGUUCUUCCUCUUCCCAGACCCUCACUUCAAGGAGAAGAACCACCGCCGGCGAGUGAUCAGCCCGCAUCUCCUCGAUGAGUACGCAUACGCUCUCCAAGUCGGGGGGAUUAUAUACACGAUCACAGACGUCGAAGAGCUUGGAGAGUGGAUGAGGUCUUGUUUGGAGGACCACCCUCUCUUUGAAGCCAUUGCAGAAGAAGAGCUCAAAGUGGACCAGGUGGUGAAGCUUCUGGCCAGUGCAACUGAAGAGGGGCAGAAGGUUGCUAGGAAUGGAGGCCAGACAUUUCGGGCAGUCUACAAACGCAUAGCAGUGGCCCAUUGAACCCCAAGUUGAUUGAUUCUCACUGGACCAGAGGCUCUUGAUCCUUGGUGGAUUGAGUAAUCUUUGAUGCAUUGUUUCAUUUGUCAGCAACUCAGGUUUUCAUAAAUGUGACAAACAUGUACAUGAUCCAAAACCGAUCAUACCAGUGAGACUGAGUAUGGCCCAUCCCAUAUUAGGUUCAUUUCUGGUAUGUGUGAUUGAUGAAAGUGAGCCAUAAACACCAGUGGCUCCUGUUUAGUUUUGAUUUUGAAAUGGACUCAAGUCUCGGCUGACUCAUUGAGUUUCUCUCCACUAUUAAUGGAAAUUUUUGUUAUUUGCUAUGAACAUUUUACCUAAAGGAACAAUGAAGCUUUUGAGCUCUUAGAUGCCAUUUCUUUUGA